UUCAAAAUGGCGGAAAAACAUUKAAAACUAUGUUGUUGGUCUUAUUUGACGAUAUAAAUAUCUUGGAAUGACAUAAAGUGAUGUAAAACCUCCAAAGAAAAGUUCAUACUGAUGUAUUCUCCAAAGAAAUGUGGAAUCAAGUUCGAUCCGCCGACUCURGUGAUAUUUUACGAGGAAGARUCUUCAGGUAAAUUACAUCGAAGAUCCAUUCCUAUCAGAAAGUUUGACAAAGAUUCAGAUAUUUCAGAAACUGCAAAUAGUUUGAAGAAAAGUAGUCACCAUUUAAAGUAUUUGGAAAACAUUUCUCAUCAACAGAUUGAAAACUUACUCAAAAUGAUCCAAGAAAAAAAGAAAGGACCUAGUCCAUCCUUGCCAUCRGSUUAUCAACCAUCUUUCAASGUGAACUCUGAUGAAGACCUUAACAAGCUAGACGACCAGGCAUUAAACAUGAGAAAAGCUGCGAUGGACAUUGAUUUUGAAAAACACAGAUUAAAACCAGGGGAUGAUGGAUUUGAAUAUGACAAAGAAGUUGACUUUGGUGAUACAGGAAAAAUUGAAUCUGGAUGGGACGAAGACGAUGACUACUCUGAUCCUGAAUUUUAAAACAUGGACUGAUGUAACUGUUGACUUAUUGAGUAUAUUUAGGCAAGUUUAGUUGGAUCUGAAAGAUAAGAAAAGCUUCAAAACUUAUUGUUGGAGCAGAAUCAUUGAUUCAGAGUUUAUGAAUUCCUUCUGUUGGGCUUCCUGUCCCCUCUUCAACACAGGGAACCCAAUAAACCAUAGGGUACCCAAGCUGGAGAAUAGGUUGCUAUUUCCUGAAAGUCUUAUGAAUUUCUCAUAAAUCUGGAUCAUUGUACUAAUAACUUAUUGACCAAUGACUAUGCUGGGGUUGAUAAUAAUAGUAUUAACUGUGAUUUUAUAACAAUGCUAUGUAUAAUAAUAAUAGUUGAUUUUUUUUAAGCUUUGAAAUAUUAUAAACAACAUUCAUAUAAAGAUUUUAUUAAUAAAGGUAUUUGGAAGUU